GUCAAAUUGUCAUCUUGAUUUUUAAAUAAUAUUUUAUUCUGCUGUACUGUGUUUGUGAGAUAAAGCAUAAUUUAGUUAAUCCUCAAUGGAAUAUAAUUAUACUUUUAUUUUAGACUCUAUAUAUAUUUGAUGAAGUUGAUUUGCGUAAUUAAUUAUUUAGGUCGCAGCAAUGAGUACAGUCGAGCGCAGAGCCCGAAGGACUACCGAGAACGAUGUCCAAGGUGAAAUUCAAGAUCCCCAUGUUUCUACUACGGUCGACCGACCAUGUCAGACAAAGUCAAGAAUAAGAUUCUUAGAAACCGAGUACACACGAUUGCCUUAUCGUCCUCUCCCAAAUACUUCUUAUCCUAUAAAUAGCACAAAUACAAGUGACUUAUCUACAUCUAAGGCUUUAAUAAUUGUAGCCAUAAUAUUUGGUACAUCACUUUUAACUUUAGGAAUACUUUAUAGGCAAUUUCCACAGUUGGAAGCAAGUGAAAAGCAGUAUUUAAAGUUACCAUGGGACUUAGAAGAUGCGAAGAAUUUGGGUUUAGUUUUAGACCGAUAUAAGGACAAGUAUUUCCAUGAAGUAUUGUUCGGUGUAUUUCUAGUAUAUAUUUUCUUGCAAACAUUUGCAAUACCAGGUUCUAUUUUUCUUAGUAUUCUUUCAGGGUUUUUGUUUCCAUUUUAUUUAGCUUUAUUAUUAGUUUGCUGUUGUUCAGCCAUUGGUGCCAGUUUGUGUUUCUUCCUUUCGAACCUGCUUGGGAAGAAAGUUGUGAGGAAGUUUUUCCCAGAUAGGGCCGCUCAGUGGUCAAAAGCUGUGUCAAAACAUAGUAAUAAUUUACUCAAUUAUAUAAUAUUUUUGAGAGUAACACCAUUUUUACCAAAUUGGUUCAUAAAUAUGUCCGCACCUGUGAUUGGUGUGCCAUUAUUUCCAUUUGCUCUGGGAACUUUCAUUGGUGUUGCACCACCAUCGUUUGUUGCCAUACAAGCGGGCCAAACUCUUCAUACAUUGACUUCAACAAGUGAUGCAUGGUCAUGGACCUCAGUGGCUGUGCUCACAAUCUUUGCUUUCAUGUCACUGAUACCAGUGGCACUUAAACAUAAAUUAAAACAUAAAUUCGAAUGAACAUUUAUAGCAAAUUUAUUUAUUUCAAUUAAAUAAUUUAUCUUAGCCCAAUAAAAUGUUUUAUACAU